AUGUCUAUGAGCAUUCACGGGUCGAAGCUCAUUGCUCAACUCAAUAAGGACAGUCUGGCGAUUCUGCGGCAUCCAUACGAUCCAAAGCUAUGGCUCGACCGCGCACACACGCUGACUGAUUUGCGAUAUCCUGAGUUAGCCGUGGGAGAUGCCUACAAAGCCAUCCUGCUUUGCAGACAAAUCCUCGACAAACUGAAACGCCAACCACGCCUACGAUCCGGUUGGGGUUGGGGGUUCUAUAUGCUCGACUUGCAGGUUGUGGAUGAACCUGGACAGGCCGAAGAGCGACAUUGGCGUUAUGACCGGAUCGUUGGCGUGAAUCGGGAGGCUCAUGACGUUCAGCGUGAGAAUCUCUAUCAUGCGCCCAUGUAUGAUGAGGGUCGUUUCGUUCCUCAGCCAUACCCGUGGAUGCGUACAGAGCAUCUCACCAGGUCAGAUGAGCUAGUCGAGUUACUCAAUCUGGAGCUUUUGGAGGCCAGUAAGGUGUAUGGAGUGAAGCCUGCGUGUGUUUUGAAGCAAUAUGCCUUUGGAAAAGGUGUGGGGCCUCGGGAUGGCAAAGACUUGCUAGGUGUCUUUGCAAAUCGCGACAUUAUAAAAGGGGGGACGGUCAUGCUCGAUACCAGUCGGACCUGGGUGAGUACUCUACAAAAUGUGUAUCAUAAUCCUGCUAAGAAUCGCCAGGGCUGUAACGGACCAGGCCGUGAUGGUAGUUCAGACAACUUGCAUGGCGGUCUGGGCUGCCAGGAACCACUGCAUCCAAAUACCGAAGAGGAUACUACAGACCAAGAUUUGCGAUGGAUCCGAGACGAAUGUGGCGUCAAGGMUGCGGAUGUCAUCUUGAAGUAA